AUGCACUUCUCUACCGUUGCUGCCGUAGUCUUUGCGGUGGCUCCUCAGUUGGCAUCCGCACACUUCCUCUUUCCCCAUCUCAUGCUCAACGGCGUGCGCACCGGCGCGUUUGAGUAUGUCCGUGAACACGACUUCGGCUUCAUGCCGCACAACAAUGACUUCAUCAACUCACAGGACUUCCGCUGCAACGAGGGCUCCUGGAGACACCGCCGCGAGCCCAAGACGGCGCAGGUCAUAGCUGGGCGAGACACGGUUGGGUUCAACCUGCACCUUGACUUUGGGAUCUACCACCCGGGCCCGGUCACUAUCUAUCUCUCCAAAGCCCCCGGUGAUGUCCGCGACUACGACGGGUCGGGCGACUGGUUCAAGGUGUACCAGCUCGGCACUAUGAUGCCCUGGAACGGCACUGAUCAGGGCUGGCUUACGCGCGACAAAAAGAACUUUCAGUUCCGCCUGCCAUCUGAGAUUCCGGCCGGCCAAUACCUGAUGCGCAUCGAGCAGAUGAGCGUUCAUCCCCCUUACAAACAGAAGGAGUGGUACGUCCAGUGCGCCCAUCUGAAUAUCGCCAGCAACUACAACGGACGCGCCCCCGGUCCGACCAUCCGCUUCCCGGGCGGUUAUAAGAUCAGCGACCCUGCGAUUCAACUUGACAGCUGGGCCAAGCCUCCUCCGACAUUUGCGCCCAUGCCCGGCCCUCAGCUUUGGCCUAACUAG